AUGUCAAUGUAUCCGUUUUUCAUUGAAUGUGAACACCAAAGACCACGUCGUUUGAUGGAUCAACAUUUUGGCUUGGGUCUCACGCCUCAAGACUACUUGACCAUCGUCGCCAUGCCGCAAACUAGCAGGAACUACUAUAGGCCGUGGCGAAAUCUUCAGGCUGCUAACCAAGACGCAGGCUCCACUAUUAAAGAAGAAAAGGACAAAUUUCAAGUAAAUAUUGACGUCCAGCACUUCGCACCUGAAGAAAUUUCGGUAAAAACUGCCGAUGGUUAUUUAGUUGUUGAAGCGAAACAUGAAGAGCGCCAAGACGAACACGGAUUUAUUUCUAGAAGUUUCUCAAGGAGGUACCCCUUACCCGAAGGUAUAGAAGCAGAUUUAGUUACAUCUAAAUUGUCGUCAGACGGAGUGUUGAGCAUAACGGCGCCGCUCAAAGCACCGCCUAAAACAAGUGAUGAGAGGGUCGUUCCGAUCAUUCAGACGGGGCCAGUAAGGAAACAAGGCGGUGAUGAAGAACGAAGAUAA